UCUCUGGAGCCAGUAAAAAAAAACAAACAAAAAAAAAACAGGCGCACCAAUACCAAAGUUUUGCUCUGGCAGCUACGGCUUGUAGCUGUGUUUUUGGUAAACAGCGCCUCUUCGUGGACAAAACAGACCCAAAACUGUCAAAAUGAAUUAAUGUGUAAAAUUCAUUUAAAACUGCUACAAUGCAAGACAGACAACGGUGAGAAGACGGCGUGCCCUGCUAAGUGUUCCGGCUAUAGCCACAUAAUAAGGUUCCCCGACCAUGUUUUGACGUGAGCUGCCGAUUAUGUGAUGUUGUGUUGUUAGCAAAGAAGGCUAUCGUUAGUUGAGCGGCUAGCUAACAGCGGCAGCAGCAUGGAGUGACUGCGCUGAGGAAGAAAACGCCAAAUCAUUUUCUUAUUUUAGAGUCCAUGCUAUCCACCCGAACAGUUGCGUUGGUUUUCCCUCUAAUAACGGUGGCAAAAGCAAUGACCUCUGUAGCAGCGACGACAUCCUCUGAGUCUCGGGGGCUGCAUGCAGCAGCCGGCCGGGAAGCCUGCUCUGGGAGCCCGAGGCAGAGGCUGCAGAAGCUGCCUGCCGUGCCCGGUUGCGUCCCGAGCCGAGUUAACGACCUGCUGCUCCUGCGGCCUGACGCAGACAAUCAGAGUACUUCAGAACCAGAGGAGAGGAGCAAUAACAGGCAUGUUGUGUUUUUCCACGGGGAUAUUCAGAACUUCCAGGAGGAGAUGGCUCUGCAGCCUGAGGGAGCCCAGUGGCUCUCCUGGAGCCUGGAGCAGGUGGCCUUCACCCUGGGCCGACGUUUCCCUGACCAAUAUGUUUGGGUGGUCAGAGCCUCGCGCAUGUAUCUCCACAAGUUCAGCUGCUACCACAACUUUGUGGAGAGCAACAUGUUCGGGGCACCAGAGCACUCGACGUACUCACCAGACUUUGGAGCGUUUCGCCAUCUCAGGGCCCUGCUGAGCCAUGGCAUGGAGCGAGCCGACCUACCAAACCCCCUCCAGCCAGAAGGAGGCGCUGAUGGCAUCCCCUCAGGGUUCUCACUGGCACUGGUGGGCUUCAGCAAAGGCUGCGUGGUGCUGAACCAAAUGGUGUACGAGCUGGGUGGGGCCCGCGCUGACCCGCAGAUGUCUCCUUUUAUUAAAUGCGUCUCGGCCAUGUACUGGCUGGACGGCGGACACCCGGGGGGCAGUGAGACCUGGGUGACGGACAAGCAGGUGUUGAAGGAACUUGCCGCCAGCGGAGUGUCGAUUCACGCCCACGUGACCCCUUACGAGGUGUGCGACCCCAUGCGGGCCUGGGUGGGCCGUGAGCACGGACACUUCAUCAAGACCCUGGAGGAGUUUGGGGCCUGUCCAAGUAAGAAGCUGCACUUUGAGGAUGAGCCUCCCUCCAUUGAGAACCACUUCAGGGUUAUCCAGGAGUUUUGAGUUUGGUUCAGUGUGGCUGUGAGCACGUCAGACACCACACACACAUCAAAAACCUGAGCUGUUUGUUUUAACGUCACUGAGCGCUUUAGAUUGCCUAUUAGAAUUCAGAUUGUGUGUCUUAUUCGCUGGUCUUACCUCAGUUUUAUGGCAAUUUAAGGGCUCAGACUCUCUAGAGCAUGUGACAGAAGCUGAUGUGUUGUACUUUGUAUUUCCUUUCUACUGCUAAAUGCACUUAAUCUGAGGUGGAACGAUCAAAGAGCCUUCCCCCUUCUCCCCUAUGACCCAGAGUAGGAAUAUGCAGGUAUGAAAAAAGGGAUCUUGGAUAAUUUUAACAUCCAGUGUCUUCCUCCCUUAUUAUUUCCCUCUUUAGGCUAAGUGUACAUUUUUACAUUUGAUUUUGGCUCAAACUUUGAGUUGCUGCAGAGCAGUCGGUUUUGAAACAUGAAUGAUUCAUGUAGUUUCAGUUUGACUAUGCUUAUGAGAGAAUUUCCAUAAUUUAAGCUGUGUAAGUGUUAGUUUAACAUUGUGACUUAUUUAAAUUUCUGCCAUGAUUUUACAUUUAAUUUAACGUAUGUCUGGCUGAAGCGGAGCAGCUUAUUACAUUCUCUUUAUACCUGCACUUGCGUUGAGCUACUUUUAGACAUGUGAAUGUCCGAAUGUCUGGACCUGACUCUGCAGUGUCAGGUCCGGACUUCAUCAGUUGGUCUCAGUGGUGAUUCUUGAUUGUAUUUUAACUGUGGCCAGUUAAUUAAGCCAAGUACUUGGUCAGAAAGUUAAAAAACGGUUCUGUCAUUCCUUCAGUGCGAUCCCGAUGGUGGAUUUGCCACCAAUAAUUUGUCAGGCCUUUUGUGUUUAAAUGUCAGAUAGCUUCAAUCUAAGAACAAGGAUGCAACAAGGAAGCUUUAUUUUGGUAGCAUUUUUUUUCUUUUUUUAAAUCUUAGCCAGCAUAUUGCCGCCAUCAUGACAAAGACAAACAAAUCUGCUCACUUCUCCUUGUUAUAGCAGUGAACUUAUAACAGCUGAUUUCAUGAUAAACUUUCCUUGUUAUUACACGUCACUUUUUUCUAAAUCUUAACUGAUAAUGUUCAAUUGCUGUCUUUUUGAUUGGAUCUUUUCCUCACACCUUUUACAGUUUUGUUUUGACAAUAUACAAAAUUACCUUAUAAAUAAAGUUAAAACCAGAAAAACUAAUGAUGUUUACAAUGUAAAGUUUUUUGUUAAAAUGAAAAAAGUUGGCCAGUUGUAUUAACAAGAAGGUAUAUCUUAAUUUUCUUGUCAAAAUAUUUGUUCCUCAUGGUUGCAGAAAAAUGUUAUAUAUACUGUACUGUUUUUAUCUGACUGCAGCAAUCUGCAUUGCAAAAUGUAAAAAUACACAUACUUGCUAGUUUUAUCUCAGUUGUGUGGUAAAAUCAAGUGGCUUUUACAGAUUAGACUGCUGAUGACCUGCCAGUUUUAGCAACAUGUGUAUAAAUCUCUAUGUCGUAUUCCAGUCUGUAUGAUCUCUGUGUAAGCUUCCAUAGCAUCUUUGCACUAGGCUGCAAUUGAUUUUGCUGAAUGUAACUUCAGAGCAUUCCAUUCUGUUUACCGCUUGCUGUGUGUUGCACUAUUUAAAAACCCUCUGAGUGUAUAGGUAGGGCAGAUAUUAGACUUAAGUAAUUUAUCUAGGGCACAGCCAACAUAACAUACAGUGUAUGAAAUCAUCUGCUCGGUAAUUGGUACACAUCAACACCAUGCCACUUAGUCCUGCUAACAGUUAGCAACACAGUUACUGGAACGCAGUCUUGAGUCAGCAGGUGGCAGCAGUGUGGAGAAAGUAGAAAAUCAGGAACUGGGAAAAUGAGAAAAACCUGUUUAUUCACUGGACUCGCUAAACAAAAGACAUCAAAUGCUCCAUCAGAUAUUUUCUACAAUCUUUAAUGAGCUUUUUCAGUUUGCUUUGUGAUGCCUACAUAUUAGCCUGCAGUUGAUCAGAGUACAAUACAGAUUAUGUCUUUUUUUUAGUCAUUUCAAAUGCAAUCAGAAUGCUCAUACAUUAAAAAAAAAUAUAAAAUGCAAAAUAAACA